AUUUUCGAAGUUCUCGAACCUUCCAAAUUCAGAAUUACCAAUCCAUUUCCAAUCCUAUCGCGAGGCUGACAUUUAUCAUCUCCAAUAAUAUUCAAUACAUGUCAACAACUCACUACACACAACCUACUUUCUUUUCUAAACUAUACCUACUUUAUAUGUUAUAAUAAGACGAUUCUUUAAUAUCCUAAUAUACGGUGGCAUACAUUUCCACGACAUUCUCAACAUAGUACAAUCCUCUUGUGAGACGAGGCUGAGAUUACACAUUUCAAACAACGUGUAGAGGAACAAAGAAUUUAUAAUUACAAGCAUCUCGAUUGUAAACAAACGCCGCAGCUGGGUGCUAAUAGUUCCAUAAUCUGCACGAUUUUUUUCGCAGACUCUCAAACUCUUUGUUGGUCUCAUUACCAACACAGCGAGGUGGCAUCAUGGUAGGAUCCGAUCUUCCUCAAGAUCCUCAAAAAGCUCUGGAAUUCAAGAAAAGGGGAAAUGAUCACUUUCAAUCAGGAAAUUAUGAAGCUGCGGAACAGUUUUAUAGUAAAGCGUUAGUUUAUCUUCUUGACUUAUUCUCCUUAUCUUGCGCAAUUUGAUUCCCUGUACCACUUACUCUCUUGCGCACUGCUCUUCCCAACUUUAUUGUUCAUACCAACUCUAGUAUGAUCAUUUUAUCAAUCUAACAUGCAAGCUCAGUAUAUCCCUUGACCCUCUAAAUCCCAUCCUGCACACAAACCAUUCCAAAGCCCUCCUAAAACUCGCCCGCUACCCCGAAGCAAUCGCCUCCUCCAAAUCAGCUAUAGCCAUCGUCUCCUCAUCGCCUGUAAACAGCGUAUGCAUGAAAGCCUACUUCACCAUCGCACAAGCCUAUCACUCCAUGCACGAAUAUGAAAAAGCACUUCAAGCAGUGGAAAAGGCGAGGGAAUAUUGUGUAAAAGAUAUGCCGAUUGGAGGCAAGGGUUUGGUGGGAAGCGGGAAGAGCUUACCGAAUAUAUUGGAGUUGGGUUUGAGGUGUAGGAAGGAGGCAUGGGAGGCGAGGGAGGAGAGGAGGAGGAGGGAACGUGGGGAUUUGUGUGGGGAGGUUGUGGGAUUGAUUAGGAGGGAGGCGGGGAGAAGAGGAGUAGGUGAUGAGAUGGAUGUGGAUGUGAAUGGAUCUUUGAAUAAUGGUGAAAGUAUCACAGAAGAAUGGAAGAGAAAGAUUGAAGAAGUAGAGAGGGUAUUCAGAUUAGUUGAAACACAAGGGAAAGAUGGGAGAAGGAGAGAAAUGCCUGAUUGGGCUAUUGAUGGAAUAAGUUUUAAUGUCAUGAGUGAUCCCGUCAUGGUAUGUUUUUACCAUUCCUUUCAAUUCCCACUAUCUCAUCUCAUCCAUACCAUCUUCCUUGCAUCUUCCACCUCAACUAACAAAAACCCAGACUAAAACAGGCCAAUCUUACGAACGCACAAGUAUCCUUCAACACCUUGAAAGAAGCAACACAGAUCCUCUAACGAGAGAACCCCUCCUCCCAAGUGAUUUGAGACCAAAUCUGGGAUUGAGACAUGCUAUUGAGGAGUUUUUGGAUGAGAAUGGAUGGGCUGUUGAGUGGUGAGGGAUGGAAGUGAAGAAAUGAGAAAGUAUAGAUUUAAAAUUUUUGAGUGAGCGAGCUAGCGAGCGUAGCAUUAGCAUAGCUUGUUUACCUUGUCUUUUUUUGUAUGUUUGGAGACUACUCCUGUUCUUGGAUCUUGGUCCUUAACUUAGCUUUAUUUAAGUUAAGUUAAGGUAAGUUUUUAGCUCAUUGGAUUGGUUAGUAAAUAGGGAUGGGGAUGGGAAGGGAAGGGAAGAGAAGAGGAAGAGGAAGAUAAGACAUGAUAUGAUAUGAUGUAAAGUUUAGGUUAAGGUUAAAUGAUUUGAUUUAAUUUGUAUUUAAUUUGUAUAGAUUUGAGCGAACGAGCGAACGAGCGGGC